AUGUCAAAUCUUCAUUUGAAACUAUUCUUCGUUCUCGUUCUUGUCCUCACCUUAUCUCAAUCCCCUACCACAAACGCUACAGGUACAGAGCUGAUUCAGAAUACUUGCAAAAAGACCACCUACAACAAGCUAUGCGUGAGGUAUCUUGAAACCAAUAAAGAAAGCUACAAUGCAGAUGUCGCCGGCCUCGCAAGGAUCAUUUUGGAGAAAGCGCUCUCGACCGCCAAAAACCUAUGGUCACAGACAUCCGAUAUGUUGAAGAAAACGACAAAUGAAUAUAAGUUAAAGAGUGUAUGCUUCAACACAUGCCACGAACAGUAUGGGGAUACAGUAGAUAAGAUCAUGGUAGCAAUACAAGCAGUUGAAGCCCAUGAUUACAAUCUUGCCAAGUUAUAUGCAGGAUACGGAUCAAAUGCUGCGAAGAUUUGCCAAGAAGAAUUCGAAAAAAUUAAUCAGAAAUCGCCUUUAUUCAAGAGGAAUAAAAAUCUGAUACGGCUUUCUACUAUCGCUGUAGAACUUGUCUCUCUUCUUUAG